AUGUUUCUCAAAGAAGAUAUCCACUGCUUUCACUCUGGCAAUUGCUAUAGGAUCCUCACCAAGCAGCAGAAGUUUCAGGAUGCAAUCUCUUCAUGUGGAUCUAAAGGGAUACUGGCUUCUAUGAAGGAUAAACAAGAAGAAUGGGAAAUUUUGCAACUCCUGAGUCCUUCUAAUGGCAUUCAAGAUACAUAUUUCUUCUGGAUUGGUCUUUCCAAGCCUACAGGGGAAUGUGUAGUAGAACAAAAGAUACUCAAGGGCUUUGUCUGGCUUUCAGGAGGAGAGAACUCAUCUCUGGAGCACUGGGAAAGCAUGCCUAAAAAGUCAUGCACUAGUAAACGUUGUGUUGCUUUAAAGGUCGGGAAUCACAGCUUGGUUUGGAAGGACUAUCCUUGUAAAAAAACCUUUGCCUCGGUCUGUCGUUCCAAGGUUUCCUGGAAGGUUUCUUCUAAAGAUCUAGCAGAACCCUUAAAAAUGCUUCCCCCUUUCAUUGACAAGGAUGCACCUGAUAUAUAUUCAGAGGAGACAACAAUUAUUAUACACUGCGGGGGAUGUAAAGGCAAUGUGUCUCUGGCAUGUAAAGCUGAAAAGUCUCACUUUUUAUGCACAAAUUCUCAAUGCUCUUGUGCUGGGCUGAAUGGUAAUAGAAGAGGGACAGAAAAAUGUAGGGAAAGGAAUGGGGUCAGUUGCUUGGAAGAGUGCUUGAACCCUGCCUAUGUGCCCCCUCCUUGCACCCUGCCACCUUUUACAUCUAACACUGUGAUAUAUAACAGAAGUAAAAGUCCAGAUAUACAAGUAACUGCAUGCCCUUGCCUAGAUGGAGGCAGCCCGUGUCAGGGCAAAUGUACAUUUAAUAUCUCUUUUUCCCCAGUAAAUGUGACAUUUACAACUACUACAUUGCCUGCCCAAUCUAAUGCCACAGGUCCAUUGGUUGAUGAUGAAACUUUGUUUGAAAGAUUAAUUAUUCCUUUGAUCCUGGGCCUGGUGGCCUUAGGAAUACUGGCAAUGCUUUUGUGGGGUGGGAUCCAAAUGUGUGUAAGAAAAAAGAAACCACCAAGGAAAAAAUCAAUAGUCCCCAUGGAACCCAAGGGCAGUGAAACUGACUCCACAGACCAUUCAUCGAGCGAAGAUGAAGACACACAGGACAAGGCAGAAGUACCAUGA